AUGUUGUUUUUGACACUGGCUGACGCUCCGGCGAUUCUGAGAGAAGGCAGAUCUGACUUGUACGUUAAUGUCAUUGAAUCGGCAAGUAGAUGUCUGUUGACCACUGUGGAUUCAUUUAACAUCUCUGAAGUCCCCAUACGAGCCCUUGCCAAGGUAGCCUAUGCACUCAGACGCCUUCCUGAGCUGCCCGAAUUGCUGGAAAAACGACGACGUGUCCACGCAGAGUUGAUCGCCAGGGCGUCUGAGAAGCCAUCACGAAGCGGAGCACGGCGUUGGUGGCAGGAUGUGGAAACAGCCCGCCUCGCUUCCGAAGUCGAGACGACAGCCUAUGCGUAUCUGGCCCUCGCGGAGUCUCACUCCAUCUCUCAACUGCUGCCCGUCAUCCGUUGGUUAUCGGCACAGCAGGAUGAGCAGGGUGGAUUUUCCUCGACUCAGGACACCGUCGUGGCUCUACGGGCGCUGGCUCAUGCAGCCGGCCAGCUGCAUCUCUUCACUGUCGCGUCAGCUUCAUCCGGAGGAGAGGCCUCCGCAGCAGUGACGGCUAGCAUUCUGCCUGGAGGCUUUAAGACGGAGGUGAUAGUAGUGAACCGGACAAAUGCACACAUCUCGCAGCAAGUGGAGCUGGGCUAUCACAGUCGGACAGCCUCGCAGGAGGUCGGGUGGAAGGUGUCCGCACCGGCGAGGGCCGCCUGUGUUGUGGUGCAUCUCUCUGCCCUCUACAACACCCCUGAUCCCAAUGGCGGUCCGGAUAAUGAGGACUCCCCCUUUUCGCUCGAUGUUAGCACAACUCAGGGACACGACUUCAGCCCGGAGUGCACUCAUGCCAAGACGAUCGUGUGCGUGCGUUUAUCUGAACACGCUGUCAAGUCAGUGGACUCCACCGGCAUGAUUCUCCUAACAUUCGAGCUGCCCAGUGGGUGGGCAAUUAGAGAAUCAGACUUGGCAAGUUUGAAGUACCGCGGUUUACGCCGUGUUGAAUAUGAUGCUCAGAAGACGACACUGUUUGCCUACUUUGAUGCCUUCACGGAGGCUGAAGCGGCGAACGUCAGUGGACGCGAUAAGAUGCUGCGCUGCGUCAGCCUACCGCUUAGACAAAAGAUGUUUAUCGAGCCCCUCAGUCCCUCCCUGAUCCGCGUGCAAGAUUACUAUGCUCCCCAGCAGAAAACCGAGGUCUCCUUCCUGCCAAGUACCUGCAAACGCUACUGGAAUCCCGAUUUCGCGCAAGAGGCAGACGCACCCGCGGAGACGCCAGUCGUGACGGAACAAACACCAACUCUGACCACACCUGCUCCGCCCGCCUGUCCCAACUGCGCCACCGACAGCGUCACGCAAGAGAGCCUGAUUCAGGCCAUCAAUAAGUCCGUCUGCCGUUACGGUGGUAAAAUCCAUUUCUUUAGGCCUCACUCCGAAGUGGUUGAUGACAGUGAUUCUAUAGGAGGUGCAGUGUACUUUGUCGCUUUUGCAAAGACGGUGGCCUCCUGGAACACGACUGUGAAACUGGCCAAUCAGUGUUCGUGUGACAUCGUGCGUCAAAGAAAUUCCACUUUUGCCAUUCUGCUCGGUCCCGGUUAUUUCAACUUAUAUCCGGGAAGUAUCAGCGUGGAGUUGGGGGGACAUACAGUUGUGCCAUUCAAUGCCCUACAGGCGGCUCUGACGGAGCUCACGGGGCGUUUGGAGGCAAAUAUCUCCAAGUCAGUUAAGCCGAGGUGUCCUAAUCUGGAGGGUUUCCAACUGCUUGUCCGAAAGCUUGCCGAAUCAAAAUGA